AUGGCGAGCUCAAGGAAUGGAGCUGUUAACGUCCAGGUUAUACUGAGGUGUAGGCCCCUGAGCAAGGAGGAGGUAGCAAACGGGACACAUCAGGUCAUUACUUGCAAUGAGCGUGCAAGAGAAGUCACUGUGUCCCAUAACGUUGGAGGAAAGCAGCUUGGGCGGUCCUUCCACUUUGACAAGGUGUUUGACCCAGAUUCAGGCCAGGCAAAGCUGUACAGGAUGGCUAUCAAGCCAAUAGUGGAGGAGGUCCUUGAGGGCUUCAACUGCACCAUCUUUGCCUAUGGCCAGACUGGCACAGGGAAGACCUACACCAUGGAGGGGGGUCCGAGGAACAGCGGGGAGGGAAGCAGCGGGGAGCUGUCAGACGAGGCAGGGGUGAUCCCUCGCGCAAUCCACCAGAUAUUCUCCAUCCUGGACGAGAAUGACGCGGAGUACACUGUCAAGUGCUCCUUCCUGGAGCUGUACAAUGAGGAGACCACAGAUCUGCUGGCGGUAGGGGACGCCGUCGACCAGAAGCUCAAGAUGCUCGAGGACAAUGGCCGUGUGGUUGUCCAGGGACUGGAGGAAAUCAUAGUUAAGAACAAGGUGGACAUCUACGCGCUGCUGGACCGCGGCUCGGCCAAGCGCAGGACAGCCGAGACUCUGCUCAACAAGCAGUCUUCCCGCUCCCACUCAGUCUUCUGCGUCACGGUGCACAUGCGGGAGGUAUCAGCUGAGGGCGAGGAAGUCAUCAAGACCGGCAAACUCUAUCUCGUGGACUUGGCCGGAUCCGAAAACGUCAACAGGUCGGGAGCGGUGGACGCGCGCGCGAAGGAGGCGGGUCUGAUCAACAAAUCGCUGCUGACGCUAGGGCGAGUCAUCACCGCGCUCGUGGAGAAGUCCCCCCAUGUGCCCUACCGCGAUUCAAAGCUCACACGGCUGCUGCGUGACUCGCUGGGCGGCCGCACAAAGACGUGUGUGAUUGCCACGAUAGCGCCGACCGUGCAGUGUCAGGAGGAGACGCUGUCAACGCUCGACUACGCGCACCGCGCAAAGAACAUCCGCAACCGCCCCGAGGUGCCCACAACCCCUGUGUUAUGA